AACUAGAUAAAUAUAGCGCUAUGUAUAUGUGCAUAAUGUGUUACUCAUAAAUAUCUACAGGUCGCGUAAUUUGCUUUUAUGAUUAGAUAUUUUGUUAUUUAGUGGGAUAAAAAACAGUGGAUAAAGUUGUCAAUUUUCCUUUUAAAAUGUCGGAGUUAACUGUCAUUUUAGAGAUCAUUUCUUUUGUGUUUCUAACAUGUUUGAUGAUUAAACGGAUUUUUCAGAAUAGAAAUAAGACGUAUCCUGAUGGGCCGUUUGGAUUUCCAAUUAUUGGUCAUCUACCAUUAUUUGGAAAUUAUCCACCGAAAACAUUCAUGAAAUGGUGGAAUUCCUAUGGUGAUGUGUUUUCUAUCAGACUUGGUAGCUGGAAUACUGUUGUUGUCAAUGGUUAUGAUGCAGUGAAGGCAGCUGCCGAGCAUCCUGACGAUGUUUUCAGUGGAAGACCAAACUUUUUUUCUAUGGAUAUUUACAGAAAAAGCGUCAAGGAAGUUACUUUUGCUUUUAGUAAUUUUUCGCCAGUUUAUUUGAAGCAAAAACAAUUAACUUCUAAAGCGUUACGUUCAUUUACGUAUAAACGACCGGAAAUAAUUGAAGAUUUGGUAACAAAUGAAGCUAACGCUUUUGCAGAUAUUAUAGUAAAAAAAUACAACAGAAAGUUUGGUCCGAUAGAACUGGAUGUCCAAACAUUUGCUACUAGGAUAGUAUAUCAGUUUCUUUACGGACGUAGUAAAACUGUUGACAUUAAAACUAUAAUAAAAUCACUUGAAGAGGUUAAUGAACUCGUUGGAAGUGGUAGUCUGUUAAAUGCUUUACCGUGGUUGCGAUUUGUAAUGCCGAGGAAAAUUGACAAAUUUGUAAAAUGUCUUGUUCGAUCAUACGAUAUCGCGAAAAAACAAAUACGCGAGCAUAAUGAGACAUUUACUGUUGGAAACGUCAGAGAUGUAGCAGAUGCAAUUAUUGCUACUGACGUCGAUGCUGACGAAAGUAGAGACAAAAAUGUCUUAACAAGACAACGCCUGAAUCUAACGCUCGGUGAUUUACAAGAAGCCGGAGUUGAUACAACAAACAAAACCUUAUCUUGGCUGUUCCUCUUCAUGGCAGAGUUUCCUGAAAUUCAAGAACGAGUGUUUAUGGAGAUAAGGAAUAUAGUAGGUACAGAGAGAAACGUUUUGUUGAAGGAUAAACCAGAUCUGGUCUACACAAAUGCUGUUAUUCUAGAAGUAAUGCGAAUAGUGACUCCAGUACCGUUUAUGCUUCCCCAUUUUUCAAUGAAAAAUGCAAAGCUACAGGGCUUCGAUGUUGAUAAGGACACCGUGGUAAUUUUCAAUAUUUACUCCGUUCAUCACGAGGAAAAGUUCUGGGGAGAUCCGAAAAAUUUCCGUCCAGAACGUUUUUUAUCUGAUGGAAAAAAUCUAGAUCAAGAAAAGUGUAACCACGUAUUUGCGUUUGGUCUUGGUAGACGCCGUUGUAUCGGGGAAGAGUUCGCCAAAAUGACAUUAUUUUUGUCUUUUACUACUGCGAUACAAAAAUGCAAAAUUAUAAAACCUGCCGGUGAAAAUCUUGAUUUGACUCCCGUACCUGGACUUGUUUAUUCUCCCAGGCCUUACAACGUGCUUGUUCAGGAAAGGUAUUGAUGUUUAGUAUCUAAGGUCUACCGUGUUUCGACUCAGUUGAAAGUUCAUAUACUUUUACAUUUUAGUGCAUCAAUAACAAAGAGAAUCCCUUUUAAUGUUUUGUUAAUGUUUUGGGAUAAUGAUUUUUACCGACACGGUAUCACUCAGUCGCAACUUCUUGGCAAUUCUGUCAAACAGCUGAUAAGAAUUUCGAACACACUAUUACAAGUAUAAACACACAGAACGAAUACAGCAGUUCUGUCUAACCUACAACACAAAAUAAAACGAGUGAAAAAGGGAAUUUAGUGAUUGGAUUUGUUGACUUAGUUUAUGUCAUUAUUUUGUUUAAGGCGAUAUAAAUAAAAAACUUUUAGAUACGAUAUUACAUACAUUUACUAAUUAUCAUGUUUUAAAAACCCCGAAAAACAGAAUGUUUCACUUGGAAUUAUUCUGAUUAGAUUGUAACUUUAUUU